AUGCGGUCACACUGUUUGCAAAUCCACACACACCAGCGCGGUUUUUUCGCAGCGCAAAAUUGUAUAUUUCACACAAAAUAACAGCAAUUAAUACAAACAAACGGUUGGACUGGACACCCAAGAGUGCCAGCCAUCUCGCGAAACAAAAAAUUUUUGUUAUUUGCCCGCGCCGCUGCCCGAAAUCACGUGAUGAAAAUCCGCCUGAAAAGUCGCCCUCGUCCGUGAAAUGUGAAGCAGUUUUUCCAAGCAAAUUGGGCGGAGUGUGGAGUUUGAGUUUGAUAGUGCGAGCCCAGUCGAAAUUCGAAAAUCGUAUGAAUCGGCUUACCAAAUAUAUAUAAUGCCCUCGCAAAAUGUGAGCUUCCGCGGGUGCGGGUCCUACGCGAUAAAUGCGCAAUUCGGGGCCAAUUAGUGGCUGUCUGCGGUGUCCUUCGGCCGCUCCUCCUGCUCCUGCCACUCCUUCACCUGCACGGAACAAGCUCGUUUGCAGGCCACAGACUUUGAACUUGCGACGCGCGUGUGCGUGCGAUCGCGGAAAACAAAAGAAAAGCCUACAGGCAGCAAACAAUAACAAUAACUCGAGUCGCACACUAUCGAUGCGAGAACAAAAUAUGUUAUCUGCACCCCGGCUAAUCUUCCUGGGCGCUCUGCUCGGCGCCUCCGUUUGCGCCUCCCCCAUUGAGUAUGUGAUGGACACCAGUCUGAAUGGCUCCCGGUCCGAUCCUGCAACAUCCCAUUCUGGAAAAUGGUCACCGACGACAAGGGUGCCGCCAGCGGUAAAGGCGCCGAAUGGAACAGCUGGCUUGGCUUAUCAAUCGCCAUCAUUGUCGCUUUCCGCUGAUAACAGGAGCCACGACAACAAUAACAACAACGGCAACAAUGGCACGGCUGUCACCAUGCUGCUGCCGCAAGACGGUGACGGAUCCGGAGCACUUGUCACCGCUGCCCCCCAACUGCCCAUCUACGUAGCUCAGCCUAGCGCCAAGAAACCAGAAAGAAUGAUCAAGUGCCACUGCGACAUUUGCAAGGAAAAGAACUACAUAUGCGAGACUGACGGCUACUGCUUCACGUCGGUGGAGAAAAACGCGGACGACACCAUCCUCUUCAGUUACAGAUGUCUGAAUAUGUCGCAGAGCUUUCCGCCGGGCCGCUUCAUUUGGUGCAACGAUGGUUUGCACGGCGGACCCACGGCUCGGCCGGUGGGACGGAGAGGUGCCCACGCCUGCUGCAACGACAGUGACUUCUGCAACCGUUUCCUGCGGCCCAAGACGAAGGACCAGCCAUCUAAUCCUUUGAGGCAUCAGCUCGGGUCGUCGGUCGGCGUCGAAGAUUAUGUGCCCCAUCGUCUGACCAGCUGGGAAUUUGUGGCCAUCAUCCUGGGAAUUACCCUCUUCAUUUGCCUCACGGGCACCAGUACUUGGUACUAUUGCCAACGUCGCAAGCGGUUGGCGAGCGGCAGGCCUUUUGCCAAGGAGGAUUCCGUGUACGAUCCCAUACUGAACGGCAACACCACCAUCCACGACAUCAUCGAGAUGACCACCUCCGGUUCGGGUUCGGCUGGACUGCCCCUGCUGGUGCAGAGAUCCAUUGCCCGCCAGGUGCAGCUGUGCCACGUAAUCGGAAAGGGACGUUUCGGUGAGGUCUGGCGUGGUCGCUGGCGCGGUGAGAAUGUGGCAGUUAAAAUCUUCUCUAGUCGCGAGGAGUGCUCAUGGUUCCGCGAAGCGGAAAUCUACCAGACGGUAAUGCUCCGGCACGAGAACAUUCUGGGCUUCAUAGCUGCUGACAACAAGGAUAAUGGAACUUGGACACAGUUGUGGCUGGUAACCGACUACCACGAGAACGGAUCGCUCUUUGAUUAUUUGACCACACACACCGUGGACACAAACACCAUGUUGAACAUGUCGCUGAGUAUUGCCACUGGGCUGGCCCAUCUGCACAUGGACAUUGUGGGCACUCGCGGCAAGCCCGCCAUCGCCCAUCGCGAUCUCAAGUCCAAGAACAUACUGGUCAAGUCAAACCUGAGCUGUGCUAUCGGUGAUUUGGGACUAGCCGUGCGCCACGUGGAAAAAAAUGACUCAGUUGACAUACCCUCAACGCAUCGGGUCGGCACCAAGCGCUACAUGGCGCCCGAGGUGCUGGACGAGAGCAUGAAUGACCAGCACUUUGACUCGUACAAGCGGGCUGAUGUUUACGCCUUCGGUCUGAUCCUCUGGGAGAUUGCACGUCGCUGCAACAUGGGCAUGAUAUACGAUGAGUACCAGUUGCCAUACUACGAUGCCGUGCAGCCAGAUCCCAGCAUCGAGGAGAUGAAGAAGGUCGUUUGUAUUGAGAAGAGCCGCCCAAACAUUCCAAAUCGCUGGCACGCCUCCGAUGUGCUGCACAACAUGGCCAAGGUAAUGAAGGAGUGCUGGUAUCCAAAUCCCGUGGCCCGCUUGACAGCGCUGCGCAUCAAAAAGACACUUGCUAGCAUCAGUGUGGAGGACAAGGUCAAGAACUGAUUGUGGCUCUAGUUCGACGAGUAGCCCCGAGUCCCGAUCGACGGAAUCGGGGGAAGACAUACAUUAGCAACCUGUAACCUGGCCCCGUGUUACCUUAAAUGUCCUGGCAGCGCCUGCGAAGCAGUUCCAGAAACCCGUUAAGAAAUGAAAUACAAAGAAAAUUGUAAAUAUUAAGUGCUAACUCAUGCUUAACGUUUCCAAUGCUUUGCUUUGUUACCAAACAGAACGAGCUCGUUAUUGAUUUUGCGUUUAUACCAUCCUGAACUAUUGUACAUAACCUUCGUCGACAUUUUCGCUGAGAUUCGCUUGUUUCCUGGCAGCGUGAGCAAAGCGGCGCCCAAAGGAAUCUGCCGCACUGCCAUUAGAGCUACCAAUUAGGGCCUAGUUAUGUACCAACAAACCAACAAACACCUUAUAUACACAAAAUAUAUAUUUUUUAUAAAUCCUGUUCGAGAACGAGGGAACCCAGCUAACAAACCGAUAAAUACAAAACGAAAAAUACAGUAAGACUUUGUCAAGACUGAGCAGCAGUGGAAAGCAGUGAGAAAAUAGAUUCAAGUCGCGGGGCCCUUUCGCCUGUAAUAUAGAAAAUAUUCAAAGAACCGCCACAACCAGAUCAUUCACAGAGAAGAGAAUUAAACGUUUUAGGCAUCAACUAAUAGAUAGGCGUUGAUAAACUCAGGAAAUCGUAACGUAAAAAUAAAAUUAAAAGAAUCGCAAUUUGGUGCGCCGCCUGCUCACGUACAGCUUGCCAUGCCCACGUCGCUAUUGCUGCUGCUGUGCCUCCUAAGCUUAAUAUAUUCCAAGCCCUUCUCCCAUAAGUAUACACCCAUAUCGAUGGAAGAGCAUCUUUCUGUAAACUUAAGUUACAAAUGUUUGAAAUUGUUUAUGUGAAACUCUCGACCCUGGCAUUCAACCAGCAUUGGUUGCAUGUUCAUCCUCACGCAUGCCUAUUAUUUUUGUUAUUUCAUCUAUCCAUAUCCAUAUUUCGCACAUCCAUGUGACCUUCGACUUAUUUUGUUUCUUGUUCUUAUAACCAAAGCUUGUUCUUCCUAUUUUAUUGUAGCCACAAAUAAUAAAGCAAAGUAAACAAAACUAUAUUAUAACUAAAAAGUGUAUGGUAUAUUUAUUAAUGAAUUGUAUACUAUAUUUGCUUACAUUGUAAAUUCUAAGGAACUAAAUGUUUCGUGAACAAACCUAAACCAAUAAUUUUAGUCACUGCACACACAGUUUAGGGUGCUUAUUCCGGGUUAAACAAUAUGUUUAUCAUAAAGUAAUUAAUUUCUCACAUUAAAUGCCAUAAAGCUAAAUGAGUCCUUUAUCAACAUAUACCUGUAAACACAAUCCUCUACCAGAAUGCAAUAGUAGAUUCAACACAACCCAUGAUUCCUCAACCCAUAUUACACACGCCAGCUGAGAGAUUAAAGUAAACAUUAAUUAACGUUUUAAUCAUUUCGAUGUAAGCUAAGAGUAAGCGAGUAAGCUGGUACGACCAGUGCAUGCAAGAUUGUAAUUAGGGUUAUUAUUAUAAGUACAUAUUGUUAUACUUUCGGCCUGCGAAAUUUAUUUUCCUAUUUUAUUUUAAGCCUACUAAAGUUAAUCAUUUCCUGUACGAACACAAUCGAUUUCUUUGGGAAAAAAAUCUAAACAAAAUAUUUUUAGCUGUAUUCGCGUACGUAAAUUUAGUUUUUGAAACCAUUCUAUUCCUGUAAUUAUAAAAUCUGUAAAUAGUUGGUACGUGCGAGUCGAACACAAUAUAUCGCGGUAAUUGAUUAAUGUUUGACUGUGUUCCAAGCUAAGUUUUAGCCGAAAGUUGUUCUCUAAGACAAACCCACAAAACAACCUCCGAAAUGGGGCACUUCCUAAAACCCACGACCUUAGUCCCUGAUCCAAACCAAAAACAACUUACAUUGAACUGAGUUUAAGAUUCAAUUAAAACCGAAGAACACAAAAUCAACAAAAGACUUAAACAAUGCGCAAAACAUAUAAAAAUUAAUUUUACAAAAAUAAAUCCUAUUUUGCUGGCAAACAUAAUUUUGGUUCAAAUUUUUUAAAGAUUUGAAGAUCUAAAACGAUGAACUUUGUGCGAAUUAUGUUAGGCUCAAGUAAGCGAAAAGUGUCUCAGCCAUAAAGUUAAGGGCGACAGCAUUUGUAAUGUGUAUUAAUCAUAAAUGGAUUGGAUCAAAAGAGAUAUAUAGAAAGGCAAUGAGAGAUAAAGGGAGGAAUGAUUUACUUGGGUGUAAUGUUAAAAACAAAAGCGUUGAAAGUGUAAACAGAGUCUAACUUUUAGCUUUAAGCUGCGUUUUUACUGGCACUUUAAAUAAAAAUACAAAAAUAAAACCAAACCGAAAAUAUUUGUAAAAUA